CGCGUUGUCAGCUGACAGUUUUGUCAGUGUUAUUGAUAGUGUGAAGUCCCUUCAAUAUAUUGAAGUUUUGACAAACUAGAAUUGUCAAUAAAUAUUGAACGUGUGCAGGUUCUUUUUAAAUUGAUUACUUGUAUGCCCAUCACGUAUUAAAGGACGUAACUGUGAAACUCUGUUACGAAAGUAAUGACACAUUUCAGACAUGCUUCGAAUAAUCUGUCUGGCGUAUGGGCCACGCGUUUAAAUACCAUAAAACUUUUAAUCUAUCUUUAACUCUAUAAAAAGUACACGUACACUGUAGUAAACUGAGCAAAUUCAUUUGGUGGCAUCUGUUCAGAGCGACGAUAGUCUGGGUUACGUAAAGAAUUUACGUCACCUAAGAAUCAAGAAUCUUUAUCAAGGCCCACCCGGUUGUGCAUGUGGUCUAACGCACGGCUUUCCGGGCAGGAAGGAGCGCCUGGUCCCUGGCACGAAUCCACCCGGCGGAUUUGUGUCAAGGCCCAGUGAACCGGCCAGUCUGUGGAUGGUUUUUAGGUGGUUUUCCAUCUGCCUCGGCGAAUGCGGGCUGGUUCCCACUUUUCCGCCUCAGUUACACUGUCGGCUAUUGCUGCGCAAACAAGUUCUCCACAUUUGCAAGUUAUUUUUGAGACAUGAGUUAUCAGUACUAUGAAAUCCCUGAUCAUGCUAUUGUUUAUAACAAAUUCAGACCAAGCACACCAAAGGAAAUAGCAGAAAAAAUUGUUGAUUAUCUGAAACAAGAGGUUACUGAUUUAGCCCUGGCUGUAGACGUGGGCUGUGGUUCAGGUCAAAGUACUGAAGUACUGGCACCAUAUUUCCAAACAGUCAUUGGGAUUGAUCCAAGUGAAACUCAGAUUGUUGAAGCCCAAAAGAACAAUACCAUCCCAAACAUUGUUUACAGGGUGGGCUCAGCAGAGAAAAUAACAAGUCCAUCUGGUAGCGUUCAACUUGUAACAGCAGGACAGUCAUGUCACUGGUUUGAUAUGAAAAAGUUUUAUGCUGAAGUGGAGAGGCUCUUGGUACCUGGAGGAGUUCUAGCUAUAUAUGGCUACUUUUUGCCAAGGCCACAUUUCCCAGGAAAAUCAGAAGACUUAUGCAGUGUUGUAGACAAGUUUUACAGUGAUGUUCUGGGGAAAUAUGUACUUCCAGAGAGUAAGAAAGUAUACAUUGACAAUUACAAAGGAGGUGAUUUUAUGCAUUUUCCAUUCACAAAACAACCAGUUAUAAGGGAUGAAUCUGUCACAACUGAAAUUGAUGCUACUGUUGCUGAUCUUGUGGGAUAUGUAAGCAGUUGGUCAGCAUUUCAGAAUUAUGUGAAACUGGAAGGAAAGACCCAGGGAGCAAUGGUCCUUCAGAAAUUUGAAAAAGAGGCUAUGGAUAUUCUGAAUGCAACAUCUGCUCCUGCUGAAACAAGAAUAACAAUAAAAUAUAAAUAUUUUCUUAUUAUGGGAAGAAAAUGAACAAUUUCAUAGGAAUUGUAGCUCAUGUAUCCUACUAUGUGCCAAAUAAAAUGAUAGAAUAAGUGUUGAAAAAAUUGGAUGUGGUUGUUGUUUGUACCCAUUGUUUAACUGAAUUCAAUAAAAGU